AUGCGUUCGGUCGGGGCACUCCAUAUCGUUUGUUCAUUUGUAGCACUGUGGACUUCUGUCAAUGCGAUAAGGGCACUUCGCUGGCGAUUCAAGACGACUCAACUCCGGGGUCCACCUCGUACCAGCUUCCUAUAUGGCGUUUCGAACGACCUCGUCUCAUCUAAAGACAGUGCUGCAAUGUAUGAACAUUGGGCAAAGGAAUACGGGGUAGCGUAUAUGAUUCCGGCGGUCCUUGGACAGACUAGAAUCGUGCUCAGUGACCCGAGGGCCAUUGCGCAUUUUUAUGCGCGAGAGUCAUGGACCUAUGUGCAGACGCCCCUUACUUUGGCACUGCUAGAGUCCGUGGCCGGCAGAGGGAUAAUGUCGUCUCAGGGCGAGAGUCACAGGAGGCAGCGCAAGGCCCUUACUCCAGCGUUUAGUCAUGCAGCCGUUCGGAAACUCACAUCAGUGUUUUAUGAUUCAGCAUACAAGGUCAAGAAUGCAUGGGAUACCGAUCUACAAUCGAGCAAAGAUGGAAAUACUAUCAUUGAGGUUCAAAACUGGAUGAAUCACGUCGCUUUGGAUACGAUUGGCAUCGCUGGUUUCUCCCAUGAUUUUGGCUCACUCGACGGAAAGCAUGCCAGCGUUACAGAAGUGUUUGAUACUUUCGGAAACAACCCACCCUCAGCAGCGAACCAAGCCAUUUCCCUGCUUGCGUCGGCGUUUCCCAUCAUUACCAAGAUCCCCUCUAAGCGGACUAAGCUGAUCAAGAAACUCAACGUAACUAUGGGUGAAAUAUCUAAGGACUUGUUGAUUCGCAGUCGCCAGGAAAAGGAUGUGAGCGAGAGGGACGAGGAGAAGUCCAUCAUUGGAUUGUUAAUUAAAUCCGAAAGCCAGGGUGCCGAGCUCCAUAUGUCCGAGGAGGAGGUAGUUUCUCAGAUGAAAGUCUUGGUUCUCGCGGGUUACGAGACGACGUCGGUCAGUCUUACGUGGGCGCUGAUCGAGCUAUCGCAACACCCCGAUGCCCAAACGAGACUCAGAGAGGAAUUGCUUGAGUUUGGUGCUGAUCCGACAUACGAUCAAUUAAAGGCCAAUCUCCCAUACUUGGAUGCGGUUGUCCAUGAAGUUCUACGACUGCAUCCUGCGGUACCCGAGUUUACUCGUCUUGCAGCUGCAAAUGACGUUAUUCCCUUGAGCGAAUCUGUGUGCACCGCGUCCGGGGAAAUGACGGAUGAUAUAUCUGUAGCGAAGGGGACGUUGAUCACGAUAUCAGUCGCGGCGAUCAAUCGCUCUUUGGCCAUCUGGGGACCUGACGCAAAGGAAUUCAAUCCUGACCGUUGGCUGACAGAAGAAGGCAUCAGUGGGAAGGCCAAGGAAGUCCAAGGUCACAGGCAUCUGCUGACAUUUGUCGACGGCCCGAGGACGUGUCUUGGAAAAGAUUUUGCAAUUGCAGAAUUCAAGACGGUUUUGUCGGUUCUGGUGAAGAACUUCGUGUUUGAAAUGCGGGAUGGACCGAAUGCUCAAGUUGAGAUUGCGAGGGGGCUUUUACCUCGCCCGCGGGUUGUUGGAGAGGAUAGUAUUGGAGUGCCUUUGAGAGUUCGUCGGUAUGAAUAAUUGGUUGCGUUGCACUGGUGGGUUGAAAUAUUUUCCAUUUAAGUUAUUCGAGGCCUGAACUAGAUAGAUGAGCGAGCUCCGUAUAAUAUGGGUUCUGUAUAGUUCAGUAUGCAUUGCAAGGCUCACGAUGAAAUACAGAGCGAAGUUCAUACGCUCAGAAUGACAACUAUUUC